UUUCCCGUGCCAGGCCGUGACUUUCUCCAACUCGUGAGCGCAUACAUUCAGCUCUCUUUCCUCCCAAUCCUUGGCACUACCCUCUCCUUUAAUCCCAUGUCCAUCUCCUUCACCACCGCGUUAUUCAAUGACGACGGCACUGAGCGUCGCAGAAGCGCAAGCUCUUGCUAUCGGGCUGGCGCAGCUGAUCGUGCGAACUGCUCCUCAAACAGGCCAAAGCCCAGCAGACUAUCUCGCUGCUAAGCGUCUUGAGGCUGCUGAUAUGGGCAAACCGACUCUUGAGCGCAUCUGUGAAGACGGCCAAGCCACAUCAGCUCCAUCAUGGCUCCUGCAGAUUACCAAAAGUGUCCCCUUUUCGUCCUCGCCAGAAGAUGCAGCACCUUCAGUGGAGGCGACUGAAAGUGAAGGCAUCGCCGCUCAGAGGGUGCAGGUCGAUGAACAGCAUUCGCAGAUAGCUGCACAAAGUGCCUCGAUCGACACCCUGGUGGAUCCCAACUGGGCUCAGAGCUUCGCGAUGGAUUGCCUAGCAGAGGCCAGCUUGCCAGGCGAUGGUCGUGUAGCGGAGGGAGAGACGCCCGAGCAGAGCCAGGUCACCGUAGGCAGUGCCACGGGUGAUGAAGAUACCGAAGUCUCUGUGCCUACCAGCUUGGAAGAGAUGGCACAUCGACCGACACCGAUCAAGGAAAGCUUGCAGCCAUCAGCGCCACCAAGAGAGGCAGAAGAGGUCGCAUACAUGCAGACUACUCCUGCAACUCUGGCACGCUCACUUCCAUCAACACCGCCGGCGCCGCCGUUCUUCAUCCUUUUUACCAGCACGAUCGACAGUCAUGCAGGCCGCAUAUAUGCUCUGUUCAGAGAGCACCUCAAUUCCUCAAGAGAGCUGCGCAACCGCUCGUCAUCGGCUCUCUCUUCCCUUGGGUCGCUCACGCCUCGCAGCACGCCGCUCAGCACCAAGCCGCAGUACAGCUCCUUCGCCCUCUUGCAAGGCGUGGAGGAGGAAUGCAACAAGCUCGAAGCUACCCUGCGCGUCUGUCUUGGCGCAUACUUGGGUUCGCCGCCUAUCUCAUCUGGCAAAAACGGUCCAUCCAGGCUACCUCGUUGUACCAAGGCCGAAUGGCUCCUUGCUCGGUGUUGUCACCCCUCGCCGAUGUCGAAAAGAUUCGCCGGAGGCAUGUUUGCAGGCAUGGCGAGAGAUCGGGUGAGAGAGGUUAGCAGGUUGCUAGUCGAGACCACAAGCGAAAUGCCAGCUUGAAGGGAGGUUUGUGGUAAUCCAUGGCAUUGUACGUGCUUCGACCAGCCAGAAGGAUCCGCUGGCCACUACGCCUUCGCCCCCUCAACCAUCUUCACCUCUUCCGCCCCCUACUUGGGCGUCCCCCACCCCUCCGGCCAAUCCUCGAUAGUCGCCCUUCUCCUCCUCCCUCCCCUGCCACCACCACGAGCCUCCUUACGCUGAUCGCGCACAAGC